AUGGCGAGUAACGAGACCAGGAGUAGUAAAUCGGUGGUGUGGAUGAAAGAGGUAAAGACGGUAAGCUUGGUAGCGGCUCCAAUGGUGGCAGCCACGCUGUUGCAGUACCUUGGCUACUUCCUUUCGACACUAAUGGUUGGCCAUCUCGACGACCAGCUCUCCCUCUCGGCGGCCUCCAUCGCCACCGCUUUCUCCCUUGUCACCGGCUUCACCUUGCUUGUGAGUCCAUCCUCUGUCUCUUCCUUUCCUCUGCCUUUUUGCUUCUCUGUUUUACCCACUUUGAUCGGUUGGAGGGACUGCAACAUGCAGGCUGGAAUGGCUGGUGGGUUGGAGACACUGUGCGGCCAAGCCUACGGAGCAGGGCAACACCAGAAGCUAGCAACCUAUACUUACUCCGCCGUCGCAUCCAUGACAUUGCUUUGCUUCCCCAUCUCCAUCCUCUGGCUAUUCUUCACAAACAAGUUGCUCAUCCUCACCGGCCAAGACCAUUCAAUCUCGAACCUGGCUCGCAGCUACUCGAUCUGCCUCAUCCCAGGGCUUUUCGCCUACGCAUUGCUUCAGCCCAUGAUCCGUUUCUUCCAGACACAGAGCUUGCUCCUUCCAGUGCUGUUUUCGUCGCUUGCAGCGAUUUGUGUCCAUGUUCCUCUGUGCUGGGUUCUUGUGUUCAGAACCAGAUUGGGCUGCAUCGGGGCUGGAUUGUCGACUAGUGUGUCCACUUGGGCUAACACGAUCUUGCUUGGGACUUACAUGGUUUGCUCUCCCAAAUGUGCAGAGACUAUGGCUGAGUUUAGGUGGAAGGAUGUGUUGGUGGAGUCAUGGGCGUUCUUGCGGUUUGCGGUUCCUUCUGCGAUUAUGACAUGGUAUGCCUUGAAUGGUGGUCGUUUGAUGUGCUCAUUUUGUUGUCUGGGCUCUUACCAAACCCGAAGUUGGAAACUUCAGUUUUAUCAAUUUGGUAAUGCUACAACAAUGCCUGCCUUCUUACUGUUUAUUUUCCUCUUUCACUUGAUUGUUCCUACAUUCAAUCUUUGGUUGAAAUGGUGUAGCUUCUCAAUCUCUUACAUGCACUCAACCAUUCCCCUUGGCUUUGCAGCCACUAUUAGUACAAGGGUGUCAAACGAGUUGGGAGCAGGGAAUGCAAAGGCAGCUAAGCUGGCAAUGAAGGUUGUAAUGGUUCUCUUGGCGACGGAACUGGUUGUCAUCAUCCUGCCUCUUUUGUUCCUUAGACACUUCUUGGGGUACGCUUUCAGCAGUGACAAAGAAAUCGUCGACUAUGUUGCAACUAUGGCUCCUUUCCUGUGUCUCCAAUGCAUCACGGAUGCCCUACAAGCAGUACUAUCAGGGGUUGUGAGGGGAAGUGGGAAGCAAAAACUAGGUGCUUUUGUGAACCUCGGGGCUUACUACUUGGUCGGGACGCCAUUAGCUGCCAUAUUGGCUUUUGUUGCACAUUUGAGAGGGAAAGGACUGUUGAUUGGGAUAUCAACUGGAGCUGGCCUCCAGGCAUCUCUAUUUGCUGUCACCAUAGUCCUCACCAAUUGGGAACAACAGGCAUCUAAAUCUCGAGAGAGAAUCUUUCGAGGCGGUGAACCAGAGGGUCCUUGAUUCUGUUGGUGGAUGAACCAACUUCUUGGUUCAUAUUCUUAUUAGGUUUUCAAAUAGGGCAGUGAGUCCUUACAAAGUGAAGCAGAUUUGAGAUUGAGUUAGAAAUCAAUUCUUCAUCAUUCUGAGGCCUAAUGUAACUAUUUGUGGCUUGGGACAUAAUCACAGUUCUGCAGCGGUGCAGCCCUUCUUCCAGUUAACACCAUGGUUUUGUUCCUGCAUGCAUUUUACAGCAACUCUUUGUGCAGUUUCAAUGUAAUGCUCCUCAUCGACGAUCUGAGGUUGGAGCACUGUGGAUGUUGAAUCUAAAGGAUAGAUUGCAGGAAUCCUCUUGAUUGUAUAGUAGUAGCAUCUAAAUGUGCAAAUGUCGUGAUCAAUAAAUCGUCAAACUUGGUCACAAAUAACCAUCAUGACUGACUCAUAGUUGCCAUGGUGAUGAAGCUGCUGUGAGAAGCUCUUCUGUUGGUUGGUCUAUAUUCAAUUCUCUUCC